AUGGGCAUAAGACACCCUCAACAGCAUUUAUUUCUGUGGGAACCAUACUGCAAAAAGAAACUCUUGCUUUUGUAUUGUGGCAAAUAUUUCAGCACAGCGGAUGGCAUCCACUGCUGUCUCUCCACUGAACUGAUGGAAGGCAUGUCAGCAAAACAGAGAUUUAGGCAAUUUCCAAUUAUUCCCCUCCCUUCCGCUACCUACCUAUGCUUCCCUAAAUCUGCUCUGAAGGGCUGGGGGAUCCUCCAAAGAAGAUUUUUUAGUUUGGGGAUCACUGAAAAUUUGCUCCAUUCCUCUCCUGCUAACAGAUGA